CUGCCCUUUCGGUUUAAGUAAUAUAUUUUUGGUACAAUGUAAACUGAGCUUCCUUUUAUAGGAAAUAUUACAGGCAAGCGAUGUCUUCUAUAUACUCUCCUCAGAUCAAAUGUGGGGUGUGUGCAGAUCUUAGUAUUCUUCACUCUCACUGCAAACAAUGUGGGAACCUCUGUGAAAACUGUUCAGGACUCCACAGCAAAGGAAAUGCCUUCAAAGAUCAUGAAGUGAUACCUAUAACUUUUUCAACCGGGAUGGAGACGAGUUCAAUCAAAGAGGAACAACCUUCCAUUCAGCCUGACCUCCUUGAAAGUACCCCCACCUCCACAAUACGGGUUGAUCCUGCAUCAACUUCAUCAAAUGCAUCUAACCCUCCGAAGAAAAAGGGGGUGAAACGUAAAUCAGCUCAAGAUAGCAUGAAGGGAAUGGAGAAAGCUUCUUGUCCAAAACAUAAAUCUAAUACUGUGGAUUUAUGUUGUCAGGAUUGCAAUCAAGCAGUAUGUUCCCAGUGUAUGACCACUGCUCAUACUGGACACAGAACUGGAGAUUUUACCGAAUUUUUCGAACACAAAAGAGCUAUGUUAAGAAAUGAUUUAUACCUCAUCCAGAGCCAUAUCAAGCAAAGAGAGGAAGCAAAACAGCAGUUGGUCGAACAUCUAGAAAAGAUGGAAAAAGCUACAGAAAACGUGGUAAAGGAGGUUAAAAAUUUCAUUGAAAAAAUGCGAACAGCCAUUCAUCAGAAAGCGGAAGAUCUGAAAACACAUACUAAAGAAACCAAAAAGCAGAUUACUUCUAGAAAGGGCGAGUUUGUCAAAGAAAUUAACAAACUAGAAACCUUACGUAAAAAAUGUCAAGAUGAGCAGGAUACUAAAGAUAUGGGAGUUGUUCUCUUCAGAAAGGAUGUGGCAUCCUCGCUCGAGAACUACAAAACUCUCCCAAGCUCGUACAAAAUUACACCUCCAGCAUUUAUUCCAGCGGAAUUAGACAAAGAUAUUAUAAAUAGUUUCGGAACCAUUGUUCCCGCCAUUAUUGAAGAAGAAACUAUUGCUUUUAAGCCUCCACCUCCAUUUGUUACCAUGAAAACGCCAGGGAAAAAGAAAAAGCAAAAAGGUGAAAAUAGUACUUCAUUUCCUUUCUCGACAUCCAGUUCUGCCUCUGCUCGAGAUCAUGAAAUACUGCAAGAAAUCAAUUUAUCAUGA